AUGUCACAGGCAGACUAUAGAGACAGGCAAUUUCUUGCCGUGAUCGGUGACGAGGACUCGGUAACCGGUCUGCUCCUUGCCGGCAUUGGUCAUGUGACGGCGGGCCCAGACUCACAGAAGAACUUCCUGGUGGUGGACAGCAAGACCGACAACACCACCAUCGAGUCCACCUUCGACAAGCUUAUUGAGCGCAAGGACAUUGGCAUUAUCCUGAUAAACCAGCACAUCGCCGACCGUAUACGCCACCGCAUCGAUACCUACACCGCUGCCUUCCCAACCAUCCUUGAGAUACCCAGCAAAGACCACCCUUACGACCCUGAGAAGGACAGUGUGCUGCGGCGGGUGCGCCGCCUGUUUGGAGAAUAA